CGGCGCUUGUAGGCGGGGCCCCGCUCUGGCUGAGGUCGAGGUAGCGGCAGGGGUGAAAUUUCUCGAAGCCUCCAGGCCGCAGGGUUGGCCGAGUCCCGGGCGGCCCUGGGCCCUGGCCAGGAACGGAGCCGGCGACGGGGCCGGGAUUCCCUAGCGGUGCCGGCGGCAGCAGUAGCGGGUCCUGGGGCCUGGAGCGGAGGAGGCGGCUGUCGGGGCCCGUCCGGGAGCGGAGGAGGCGGCGGGCCCCGGCCCCGGCCCCGGCCCCGGCUCGCCGAGCAUGAACCACAAGAGCAAGAAGCGGAUCCGGGAGGCGAAGCGCAGCGCCCGGCCCGAGCUGAAGGACUCGCUGGACUGGACCCGGCACAACUACUGCGAGACCUUCCCGCUGAGCCCGGCGGCCUGUACGGAUAAUGUGGAAAGGGCAGAUGCACUCCACUUAUCGGUGGAAGAAUUUGUUGAGCGGUAUGAAAAGCCUUAUAAGCCUGUAGUCCUGUUGAAUGCUCAGAUGGGCUGGUCUGCCCAAGAGAAGUGGACUCUAGAACGCCUGAAACGCAAAUACAGGAACCAGAAGUUCAAGUGUGGUGAGGACAAUGAUGGGUACUCUGUGAAGAUGAAGAUGAAAUAUUACAUAGAGUAUAUGGAGAACACACGUGAUGAUAGCCCCCUUUACAUCUUCGACAGCAGCUAUGGAGAGCACCCUAAGCGUAGGAAACUCCUGGAAGACUACAAAGUGCCCACGUUCUUCACUGAUGAUCUAUUCCAAUAUGCAGGAGAGAAGCGCAGACCACCUUAUAGAUGGUUUGUAAUGGGCCCACCUCGAUCAGGAACAGGAAUUCAUAUUGACCCUCUGGGAACCAGUGCUUGGAAUGCCUUAGUCCACGGACAUAAGCGCUGGUGCCUCUUCCCUACCAGCACUCCCAGAGAGUUGAUCAAAGUGACGCGGGAAGAAGGAGGGAACCAGCAGGAUGAGGCGAUCACUUGGUUCAGUAUCAUAUAUCCUAGGACGCAGCUCCCCACCUGGCCUCCUGAAUUCAAACCCCUGGAAAUUGUGCAAAAACCAGGCGAGACCGUCUUUGUACCAGGUGGCUGGUGGCACGUAGUUCUCAAUCUCGAUACAACCAUUGCCAUCACACAGAACUUUGCCAGCUGUACCAACUUCCCUGUGGUAUGGCACAAGACAGUAAGAGGGAGGCCAAAAUUAUCAAGGAAGUGGUACAGGAUCCUAAAACAAGAGCAUCCGGAGCUGGCAGUGUUAGCUGAUUCAGUUGAUCUACAAGAAUCAACAGGUAUUGCUUCUGAUAGUUCCAGUGAUUCCUCCAGUUCCUCCAGCUCCAGCUCCUCAGACUCUGAUUCAGAGUGUGAUUCUGGCUCUGAGACCGAAGGGAUGAUGCAUCGGCGGAAAAAGAGGAGGACUUGCAGCAUGAUGGGUAAUGGUGACACUACCUCUCAAGAUGACUGUGUGAGCAAAGAGCGCAGCUCCUCCAGGAUUAGGGAAUCUUGCGGAAGCCGCACUCACCUGUGAGAGAUAACAAGAACCGUCUAGAGGCAGCUGCCACUCGAAGCUAAGUUAGCAGCCAGCUUUGUUCUACCCCUCUCAGCUCCUAUCUACUCUUAUGAUCCUUCUCAAGUCUUCACCACUGCUACUUUGAUCCAAACUCCUAUCUUCCAUCACGUGCUGACUAAAGAUGACUCCUUGCUAAUUAUUGGGGAGAAUUCCCAAGUCUAAAUGACUGUGCAAUGCUUAGUGCCCUUCUAUACCCCCAAAAAAGUGCACUCUAUGAUCGGAAAAUAACCCAGCUCUGGGCAAGGACAUGCCAUGUGUCUUACAGUUCAUGAAGUUGGCAAGGAAAACAGUCUACCUGUUUUUAAAGAAUUGUUUUAAAACCAGCAGCUACAUCCACUGUCUUACAUUUACAUGUACUGCACAUGUUGAAACUAGGAGAGGAUCUCAGCACCUUUGCUCUACACAAACAUCCAGUGUAUAUUGUAUCAGAGUGCUGGAAGGGAGACUAACUCUGUUAUGUACUCUGAACACUGAGGUGACUUCAAAUGACUAGAAAUGGCUACCUGUGAGAAGCAUCUUUUGUGGUCAUAUUAAUCUAUGUACACUCUGACUAAACCCAAAUAGUCUAAGAUGUGACACCUUAACCAGCAAUGAUCAUAUGUACUUCUGCUUGGUACCUGCCAUAUUAAGUAUAAAAAAGAUGAACUGGCACUUGGGGGUAGUAUUGGGGCUUGAGGGAACAAGCUUCUUGUAUAGCAGAAGCCACUGAAAGUCACCAUCUAUCAGCAGUUACCCAUGAACCUUAGGUGUAGGGGGAAAACUACAUAACUGAAUUACAGACUUUAUUCAGCCCCAGCAAGCAGCUGUCUCUUUGAGAUCAUGUGUUUAGGAGCUGAGCAGGACUUGCUCUGGAAUCUGUAAAAGAGUACAGAAGGGGUGAGUAUUUUGUCUUAAACAUUUUAAAAUAACACGUGAUGCUUGGGUUCACACAGCUGCAGUGGUAUUGUGCCAAGAUAAACUCUCAUCCCUAAGCAAUCUACUAGGAUGGCUGAUAUUAAUUUACCAGGGCCUGUGCGUUAAAGCUUUCCUAUAGCCUGCUCCCAGCCACCUUAGAGGCUGUGCUUGUGGGGGAGCGGGGAAUAACCAUCUUUCGCUGAUACAAAGAACACCACACCCAAGAGCCAGCUACUUGGGCUGUUUCUCUUUGCACCCUCAUUUCAGUUUUGCUGUUUGGCAGAGGUAACUGAAAACAGAGGGGCAGUGCACUCUCUCUCAUAUAAGCUGCAAUGCCUAGGCAUUAGUGCAGAGGUCUUUAGUCAUGGGGCACGCCCUCGGGGGGGGGUGCGGAGUAACGUUUGGGGAGGUGAGGCGGGGGCCCAGACCAACCCUCACAGGGGGUGUGGAGGAAGUGCUGCCCAGCUCUGCUCCUGGUCCAAGCCUGGGGAUCUCCUGGCUGCCAGCCCCGUGCCCAGGGAUACACUCCCAGACACGGCUGCUGGCCCCACAUCCAGGGUCCUGGCUGCCCACCCAGCCACGGCUGAAGGGAGCAUGAGGUAAAAAAUUUUGGAAUCACUGCACUAGUGGCUGAAUUAAAAUGCAGAUUGGCACCCUUAACUGUGAAUUUUCUGUAUACAGUGUAUUAAGUAGACCCCCUGAAUGUUGGUUUUUAACUUGUCCUUUACUAUUUGUGUUCCCUAUCCCAUCUCAGGGUAUGACUCAAUCUGUUGUAAAAGUGAGCCCUACUUAUUUUGGUUCGUCAGCAGUACAGACCUUUGUUUCCAAGUCUCCUUUGUGCCAGUCACUUUUAUGUUGCAGAGAAGUGGGAGGGAGUGUGGAGGUGUGAGGCAGGUGGCUCAUCAGUGCAUCCCUAAGCAGGGAAUCCAAGGGGUGCAUUUGUGGCAAUGGAAAACUUCAAAACUGCUGCAGCCUUUGCUGCAGGGGGACCCUUCCUUAAGACUGCUUAGAUCUAAAGACGGUUUUGUGUCAAAAUAUCCAGAUUCCCUGGCUGAGGAUGCCUGUAAUCUGCCUAGCUCAGGGGGCACAUUGACAGCUUGCCCAGAGUCUACAUGCUGCACGUUAUCUUCAUAAAAUGGAGCAGGCUGCAGCUGCUAUCACUUAGAACAAGAUAGGGGGCUGCAGUGGCUACAGGAUUAGAGUAUCCCCCUCCUAAUGGCAAGGGUUAACCUGGAUUAUAAAGCUCCCGGGGCUGUGGUUUGGGCCAUUGCCUGGCUCUGAGGUGGCUAGCCAUUACCUCCAUCAGCAUGGUUACAGCUGUGCCUCACCUUAUUAUUUUACUGUUUGAAAGAAGUCUGGGCCUUAGCACUUGAAAUCUGUCAUGGGGAAACCAACCUGCCUCCCACUGCCAAGAAAGGUGCUCCUUUUCUAGCAAUAGCAGUCUGAUGCUCCAGAGGGCAGAGCACUUCUCCAUGCCUAUGAACAGAUCAGUGGUGUGACAAUAAAGCUGUCAAUUAAAAUGGAAA